AUGGAGGCUAAUUAAGUAAACGACUAAGUGAUAAAAUAGUUAUUAUAUUAAAAAAAGGUAUAUAUUUGGAAGGAUUAAUAGUAUAAAGAAUUAGUAGAAAGAGCAAGAGAAGUAGGUUUAGUGAAAUAGUAUUCUAAAAUGAAAUAUGAUGGAAUAAUAUAUUCAAUUGGUUAGAUAGUUUAAUUGUCAGUGGAUGGUAAUAGAGACAAGAAAACAUAUGGAAAAUUAAUAGGAUUUUGUAAUUUAGAAGUGGAUGAAUAUUUGAUUCCUAUGAUAAAGGUGUAAAAGUAUAUAAAUAAAUUGGAAUUGCCUUAAAAGUUAAAAGAAUUAUAAGAUGGGAUAAGUGAAUUUGAAUUGUUUUAAUCAGAGAUAGAGGAAUGGUUAUUUUGCACAUAAAUAGAUCAUGAAAUUAAAUUAAUAUCAAUAAAGGAAUAUGAAGAAAUGAUGAUUUAAAAUGAGAGAACAUAUUUUACUAGAGCUGAUUAUAAUAUGGAGAAGGAUAAGUUUAACCCUCCUAUUUCGAAAUGGGGUAGAAUUUGUAUAUGUAAUUAAAUAUCAAAUCCUGAUAAAUCAUAUAUAUAAUGUGAUAAAUGUUAAAAAUGGUUACAUUAUGAAUGUGCAGGUGUAUAAGCAUAAUUAGCUUAAGAUAUAAGUUUUUAUUGUGCAAUGUGUAGAAAGAAAUGAAUCCAAAAUUAAAUGAC